AUGGACCAGGGCUCGGUGUCUGAGUUGGAGAGAAUAAACAAAAGUGCCGUUGAAAAUGGGAACGGUGUUACAAAGGAGGACUUAUAUUCCGAGAGACAGUCGCCUUUUCGCAGACAGGCGCUCAUCGUAUUGGGAACCUUUCUGCUAUCUCUCAGUGCUGGAGCAACGGCGGGGUUCUCAGCGGUGCUCAUUCCGCAACUUCAACAUGCUAAGGGACACAACAAGUAUUCAACGGAGACGGUGUCGUGGGUAGCGGCUAUUUCAUCACUGGCCUUGUUAUUCGGGAACAUGAUUUCGGGAUACCUAAUGGACAGACUUGGUAGAAGGUCGUCGCAAAUGCUGCUGUCACUAUUUUAUAUCGCCGGUUGGACUACUAUAGCAUUUGCUAACAAUAUACACGUUAUUUUAGUUGGAAGAUUUAUAACUGGCUUCUGCCAAGAAACAAAGGGAAAGACUUUGUUGCAAAUCGAGGAGCGAUUCCGAUCGGGAAAGAAGAGGAAAACAAAGGGUACGGGUGAUGUAACAUCUGCG